CUCCGUUAUUGGGAUUGCGUCUUCUCAAGUCCCACCGGUCGCCUUUGUAUAUUCAUUAUGUCUCGCAUGUGGGAGGUCGACCCGGAAACGAGGACAAAGCUCCUCCAAAUCUCCAAGACGAACGGAAAUGACAGGUGCUGCGAUUGCGGUGCCCCAUCGCCUCAAUGGGCCUCCCCGAAAUUUGGAACCUUCAUCUGCCUCAACUGCGCCGGCACGCAUCGUGGGCUAGGUGUGCACAUUUCUUUCGUCCGUUCCAUCACUAUGGACGCCUUCAAAAACGCCGAGAUCCAACGCAUGGAGCUGGGAGGCAAUGAUCCCUGGAAGUCCUUCUACGACGAACACCCAGUCACUCUCUCAGAAGGUCGUACAUUCGAAGACUCGACUAUCAAGGAACGAUACGAAAGCGACCCGGGCGAGGAAUGGAAGGAGCGGUUAGCGUGCAAAGUUGACGGUCGCGAGUACGUCCAAGGCCAGGAGAAGAAGAACAAUACCUCGCGGUCGAGCACGCCCUUGAGCUUGGGCGGUGCUGCUGGCGCCGCGCGGGCUGGAUCGCCUGCGGCGUCAUCCAUUCGCUCUGGUGACAGCCAACGGGCUGGUGUGUCCAGCAAGAAGGAGCAGAACGAGGCUUACUUUGCGAAGCUGGGCAAUGAUAAUGCUGGUCGUGUCGAUAACCUGCCGCCCUCACAGGGUGGAAAGUUUACUGGUUUCGGAGGGGGUCUACCUGCGGCCCCUGCAAGUGAGCGGCGCUCGUCACCCUUUGGGGGACUUGGUUGGGGUGGUGGCGGUGGUGGACAGCCCUUUGAAGAUCUUCAGAAAGACCCAAUGGGCACUAUCACCAAAGGAUUUGGGUGGUUCACGUCGACGGUUGGCAAGAGCGCAAAACAGGUUAAUGAUGCUUAUCUCCAGCCAACAGCUAAACAGCUGGCCGAAUCCGAAUUCGCAGCCCAGGCCCGCGUCCAUGCUUCGACAUUAGGCCAGAACUUGCAAACGGGCGUUCGCGGCGCUGCUGACCACUUCAAUAAGUUUGUUGAAGGGGAAGAUCGAGGCGACGGACGCCGUAAUCGCGUCGAGCCUGAGCGCCGAGAGUUCUGGGACGACUUCUCGUCAAUGGGCGACCAAGACACAUCUAGUCACCGCCGUAGCGCAUCACAACGGUCUCAACGGUCUGAUGUUGUUGGAACUGCUGCUAUGCGCAAGGGUCCCACCGCCUCCUCGCUGGCUAACUCUACACCUGGUAUGUCUGGUGCAGAUGCCGGAGAGGGUAAGAAUACAACGACCUCGGCGACGGGUAAGGGCAAGGAUGAAUGGGAUGACAACUGGUAG